AUGUCAGAAGAGAUACCCAGUUUGAACCCAUUGUUCUACAAUGAGACAUAUAAUCCAUUGCAGUCCGUCCUAACAUACAGUUCAAUUUACGGAGAUGGGACUGAAAUAACAUUUCAACAGCUACAAAAUCUUGUCCAUGAAAACAUCACCCAAGCAAUUAUUUUUGGAACAAGGAUCGGCGCUGCUGGAUUAGCGUUGAUUAUAAUGUGGAUGGUCUCUAAGAAUAGAAAGACGCCGAUAUUCAUAAUAAAUCAGAGUUCUUUGGUUCUUACAAUUGUUCAAUCUGCUUUAUAUCUAUCAUAUUUGUUGAGCAAUUUUGGAGGAGUUCCCUUUGCUCUAACUUUGUUCCCACAGAUGAUAGGCGACCGUGACAAACAUCUUUACGGUGCCGUGACUCUAAUUCAAUGUCUAUUGGUUGCGUGUAUUGAGGUCUCGUUAGUCUUUCAGGUAAGAGUCAUUUUCAAAGCAGAUAGAUAUAGGAAGAUAGGAAUCAUUUUGACUGGCGUCUCCGCUAGUUUUGGUGCUGCAACUGUAGCCAUGUGGAUGAUUACUGCAAUAAAAUCUAUUAUUGUAGUGUAUGAUAGUCCAUUGAACAAAGUUGACACAUAUUAUUACAACAUAGCAGUUAUUUUACUUGCAUGUUCAAUAAAUUUCAUCACUCUUCUUCUAUCAGUGAAACUUUUCCUGGCUUUCAGAGCUAGGAGACAUUUAGGUUUGAAACAAUUUGACUCAUUUCACAUUCUACUCAUCAUGUCUACUCAGACAUUAAUAGGUCCAUCGGUUUUGUAUAUUCUCGCCUACGCGCUGAACAAUAAAGGAGUUAAGUCGUUGACUUCUAUUGCUACAUUGCUUGUAGUUCUUUCCCUACCUUUGACAUCUAUCUGGGCUGCUGCUGCAAAUGAUGCACCAAGUGCCAGUACUUUCUAUCGCCAAUUCAACCCUUACUCUGCACAAAAUCGUGAUGAUUCAUCAUCCUACUCUUAUGGUAAAGCCUUUAGUGACAAAUACUCUUUCAGUAACUCACCACAAACUUCGGAUGGUUGUAGUUCAAAGGAACUUGAACUAUCUACACAGUUGGAGAUGGAUUUAGAGUCUGGCGAAUCUUUUAUGGAUAGAGCAAAAAGGUCCGAUUUUGUUUCUUCUCCAGGAUCAACAGAUGCAACAGUGAUUAAACAAUUGAAAGCUUCCAACAUCUAUACCUCAGAAACAGAUGCUGAUGAAGAGGCAAGGGCAUUUUGGGUGAAUGCAAUUCAUGAAAACAAAGAUGACGGUUUAAUGCAAUCGAAAACCGUAUUCAAAGAAUUAAGAUAA